AUGGGUAGUAGUAGCUCGAAGAAGCCAUUCUCGGAGUGGGAUUUAGUUCGGUUCAGUGAUGUAACUGGCGUUCCUCUCUCAAUGGUUGAGAAGAUUCAUGAGGAAUUUGCGACAACAACCGGAAAUGACAAUAAAAUGGACAAGAGGGAAUUCCGUCAUUUGUACAAGAAAAUGUUUAUCAAUACUCAAGCAAGCAGCCUUCCCAGCGCUCUACCACCGAUGUUUAGCGAAAACGAACUCAACAGAUUGUCAGAUUAUGUCUUCGAAACAUACGAUUUCGACGGAACAGGAUUAUUGUCAUUCGAAGAAUUCGCCGAAGCAUAUUUGAUGCUAUCUCAUCAUGAGGGUAUAUCACCAAAUGGUAUUUCAUUUCUCGAUCGAUUUAAUUACGUUCUGGAUCAGAAUAAUUCACCAUCUGAUUUCAUAUCACGCGAACAAGCUGAACGAAUAUUCAAUCGUUUGAAUAAAUAUAACCAUUGGAUUACUUCGAAAACUAAUCCAUCGGACGACUCAUGGACUCCAUCGACUGCCAAUUGGGAAUCUCAUUGGGGUAAACUCGACGAUGGAAGUAACCGAGUACUAAAGGAGAAAUUCGUCGAUUAUAUCACGGCUUCGAAUGAUUACAAGCAUAAUUUUGAUCCUGCUACGAUUUAA